UUCCUAUUUAAAAAAAGAAAAGAAAAAAUCUUAUCCUAACGAUCAGAAAGAGAAGUUAGUGUUUCCCUUUCUCGAGAUUCCUGAAAAUGGCCGUAAUCCUCGACUCCUUCCUACCUUCAAUUCAAACACUGAGUUCUUCAUUUCGCCAAAGGAUUCCCAGCACUUCUUCUACGCGGUGGCCUAUGAAUUCAUUCCCCAAAUGUUGCUCUGAAUCUCAAUCGAUUAAAGGCGUUGCAGUUCCUAGGAGGAGUGCAAUGGCGUUGAUGUUGUCCACUUGUAUUUUCUCUAAUUCUGCUUUGGCUGUGUCAUCCGUUGGGUUAUUGGAAUACAUUGACACUUUUGAUGGGUAUUCCUUCAAAUACCCUAAGAAUUGGAUUCAAGUUCGAGGGGCGGGGGCUGAUAUAUUCUUCAGGGAUCCCUUUGUUCUUGAUGAGAAUCUUUCGGUGGAGUUCUCGUCGCCGUCUUCAUCUAGGUAUAACAGCGUUCAGGAUUUGGGACCUCCUGAAGAAGCUGGGAAGAAAGUGCUGAAGCAGUAUUUGACAGAGUUCAUGUCCACAAGGCUUGGAGUUAGAAGGGAAUCUAACAUUCUUUCUACUUCUUCCAGAAUGGCUGAUGAUGGCAGAACUUACUACCAAGUUGAGGUAAACAUAAAGUCAUAUGCAAACAACAAUGAAUUGGCAGUAAUGCCACAAGAUCGGGUGGUUCGUUUGGAAUGGGACAGAAGAUACCUUUCAGUUCUUGGAGUCGAAAACAGUCGUCUAUAUGAGUUGAGACUACAAACUCCAGAAAAUGUAUUUGUAGAAGAAGAAAAUGACUUGCGCCAAGUUAUGGAUUCUUUCCGAGUCAACAAAGUGAAUGCAUGAAAUGUUUUUGAGGGUUUUCAGGUGUAAUUGCUGAGACAUUGUACCUUCCAUCACUAAAGCAAAUUGCUUCUAUUCAUUUUA